CGGGGAUCGGGGUGCCAAGGGAGCGUGGCAAGUUUGCGCGCCCGCGAGUCGGUGGACGAGCCCCGCGUGUCCGGACGCGCGGAGCAUGGGCAGCGACGCGAGCGCGCCUGGACGGCGGGACUGGCCGAUCAGCCUCCUCGGUGGCCGGCAGGAGGAGAAGGAGGAGGCGACGGCGGCGGGGUGGCCCCGGCUGCUGACUCUGUGCCUGCUGCUUCUGGGCUGCCUGGGCCCCGGCGCCUCGGCGGAGGACGCGCAAGUCAAGGCUGAAAACUGGCUCCGUCUCUAUGGCUACCUGCCCCAGCCCAGCCGCCAUAUGUCCACCUUGCGCUCGGCCCAGAUCCUGGCCUCCGCCCUGGCCGAGAUGCAGCGCUUCUACGGAAUCCCCGUCACGGGCAUCCUGGAUGAAGAGACCAAGGCGUGGAUGAAACGGCCUCGCUGUGGGGUGCCAGACCAGUUUGGGGUACGUGUGAAAGCAAAUCUGCGGCGGCGACGGAAGCGCUAUGCCCUCACCGGGAGGAAGUGGAACAACCAUCACCUGACCUACAGCAUCCAGAACUACACGGAGAAACUGGGCUGGUACCAUUCCCUGGAGGCAGUGCGCAGGGCUUUCCGAGUGUGGGAGCAGGCCACGCCGCUGGUCUUCCAGGAGGUGCCCUUCGAAGACAUCCGGCUGCGGCGGCAGAAGGAAGCUGACAUCAUGGUUCUCUUUGCCUCUGGCUUCCAUGGUGACAGCUCCCCAUUCGAUGGCAUGGGGGGCUUUCUGGCCCAUGCCUAUUUCCCUGGCCCAGGUCUUGGUGGAGAUACCCACUUCGAUGCAGAUGAGCCCUGGACCUUCUCCAGCACUGACCUGCAUGGGAACAGCCUCUUCCUGGUGGCUGUGCAUGAACUGGGCCAUGCACUGGGGCUAGAGCACUCGAGCAACCCCAGUGCUAUCAUGGCGCCCUUCUAUCAGUGGAUGGACACCGACAGCUUCCAGCUGCCCGAGGACGACUUGCGAGGCAUCCAGCAGCUCUACGGCACCCCAGAUGGUCAACCACAGCCUACCCGACCUCUCCCCACUGUGACGCCCAGACGGCCAGACCAUCGGCCUCCCAGACCCCCUCAGUCACAUCCCCCAGGAGGAAAACCAGAGCGGCCCCCCAAGCCAGGACCCCCAGUCCUGCCCCGUGCCACAGAACGCCCUGACCAGUAUGGCCCCAACAUCUGCGAUGGGGACUUCGACACAGUGGCCGUGCUGCGUGGGGAGAUGUUUGUGUUCAAGGGCCGCUGGUUCUGGCGUGUCCGGCACAACCGGGUCCUGGACAACUACCCCAUGCCCAUCGGGCAUUUCUGGCGUGGACUUCCCAGUGACAUCAGCGCUGCCUAUGAGCGUCAGGAUGGACGCUUCGUCUUCUUUAAAGGUGAUCGCUACUGGCUCUUUCGGGAAGCAAACCUGGAGCCUGGUUACCCACAGCCAUUGACCAGCUAUGGCCUGGGUAUCCCCUACGACCGCAUUGACACAGCUAUCUGGUGGGAGCCCACGGGCCAUACCUUCUUCUUCCAGCAGGACAGGUACUGGCGCUUUAAUGAGGAGACGCAGCGUGGGGACCCCGGCUAUCCCAAGUCCAUCAGUGUCUGGCAGGGCAUCCCAGUCUCUCCCAAAGGGGCCUUCCUGAGCAACGAUGCAGCCUACACCUACUUCUACAAGGGCACCAAGUACUGGAAGUUUGACAACGAGCGCCUGCGGAUCGAACCCGGCUACCCCAAAUCCAUCCUUCGGGACUUCAUGGGCUGCCAAGAGCAUGUGGAGCCAGGAUCCCACUGGCCCGACGUGGCCCGUCCACCCUUCAACCCCGACGGGGGUGCAGAGCCCGGGGCAGGCGGAGACGAGGAGGGUGUGGACGAUGGGGGGCAGGGGACAGACGGCACUGGGGAUGGUGGCAGUCGCGUGGUGGUGCAGAUGGAGGAGGUGACGCCGCCCGUGAACAUGGUGUUGGUGCUGGUGCCGCCGCUGCUUCUGCUGCUCUGCAUCCUGGGCCUCACCUAUGCACUGGUGCAGCUGCAGCGCAAGGGUGCCCCACGCAUGCUCCUAUACUGCAAACGCUCGCUGCAGGAGUGGGUCUGAGCCACCACCUGCUCCUCGCUCACGGUGCUAGGGGGGGACCAGCUUUCAGCGCCCCAGUGCAGAGGCUCUCUUGGGCAGAGGGGCAGGUCCUCCAGCCUCCCCGUAGGCUCACCCCCUUUUUAUUUAUACCCUGGUGUCCGUUCUUGGUCGUCUCCCUGAACACUAAUUGCAUUUGAUUCUGCUACCCUGACCAAGGCGGUCCCUCAGGACAGGAAGAGAUUAGAGCUAUCUCACGGGGGGUUCACAGCCCCAAGAGUCGAGGGUCCAGGUGGAAGAGUGGCCCGUGGGUUGGGGUUUUUCCCAGCCCUCCAUGGAGACUGUUGGGACUUGAGACAUGUGGGUGGCUGAGUCUCCACCUUCAGAAGUACAACCUUUCCCUCCCACCCGUAGGAGGUGGUCACAGACUACAGUGUCCUGAGGUUAGGUUUCUUCCCAGCCCACCUCUGACCACCCCAGUUUACUGAGCUUCUUUGUGUGAAAGGACACUACAUUACCCUGGGCCAGCAGCUCCCAACACUACACACCCCUCGAGUCCACACCUUUCCCUCCAAGGACCAAAGGGGUCUACUAAGGCCCCUUCCCGCAGGGGAGCACUGGGCCCACCCAUCACUACUGCCCUCCUCUCUCCAUGCUCUAAGACCACAGCUCCUAUGUGCUAGUGCCCCACUCUAGGGGAGAGGGGGCUGAUAGUGCCCACAUGGUGGGGCCCAUAGUCUGAGGGUGUCCUCUGGACCCUGUGGAAGAUGGUGAGGAAAGAGAAGCUCAUCUUCAUGUAGGCUGUGCACUGGCAUCCCCAGGAGCCUACCUCUGCCUCCCGGCUGAGCGGGCUAUCCAGCUUCUCUUCCCAGAGAGGGCAGGUAGGGGCAGGGGAAUGGGGGGAAAUGGUACUGUUCGCUGGUUUGUCCACUUGUCUGUCUGUGGUUCUGGCCCCUUGCAGCUCUCUAGCCCUCAAAGCUGAGGCACUACCUGUGUUUCCACAUACUUCUCACCUGUAAAUAACCUGCACUGAUUAAACCAGUGGCCGGCAUGGCCUCCUUUGUCAGAGGC